AUGGCGGUGGCUCCUGAAAGUAGAGUGCUUUCCUACAGUGUGUAUAAAUGGAGCUCAUACUCCUCAACAUAUUUACCAGAGAAUAUUUUGGUGGACAAACCCAAUGACCAGUCUUCCAGAUGGUCAUCUGAGAGUAAUUAUCCCCCACAGUACUUGAUCCUGAAGCUGGAAAGACCAGCGAUCGUGCUGAGCAUCACCUAUGGGAAGUAUGAGAAGACUCAUGUGUGUAACCUGAAAAAGUUCAAAGUGUUUGGUGGCAUGAGUGAAGAAAACAUGACUGAACUCCUGUCCAGUGGCCUUAAAAAUGACUUCAACAAGGAGACUUUCACACUGAAGCACAAGAUUGAUGAGCAAAUGUUUCCUUGCCGAUUCAUUAAAAUAGUGCCUCUGAUGUCCUGGGGCCCCAGCUUUAACUUCAGUAUCUGGUACAUUGAGUUGCAUGGCAUAGAAGACCCAGAUGUCGUACAGCCCUGCCUUAACUGGUACAGCAAGUACCGUGAACAGGAGGCUAUUCGCCUAUGCCUGAAACACUUCCGACAGCACAACUACACUGAGGCCUUUGAGUCUCUGCAGAAGAAGACUCGUAUCGCGCUGGAGCACCCCAUGCUCACACACCUUCACGACCGGCUGGUGCUCAGGGGGGACUUUGACGCGUGUGAGGAGCUCAUCGACAAAGCUGUGAGAGAUGGUUUGUUUAAUCAAUACAUCAGCCAACAGGAGUACAAACCACGAUGGAGUCAGAUCAUCCCUAAAUGCAACAAAGGUGAUGGGGAUGACAACAGACCAGGCAUGCGAGGAGGGCAUCAGAUGGUCAUAGAUGUUCAGACAGAAACGGUCUAUCUGUUUGGUGGCUGGGAUGGGACACAGGACCUUGCUGAUUUCUGGGCCUACAGUGUGCAGGAAAACCAGUGGAUUUGCAUCUCCAGAGACACAGAGAAAGAGAAUGGUCCAAGUGCUCGAUCCUGCCAUAAGAUGUGUAUUGACUCUCAGAGGAGGCAGAUCUACACACUAGGCCGCUACCUUGACUCCUCAGUCAGAAACAGCAAGUCUCUGAAGAGUGAUUUCUACCGCUAUGACAUCGAUGCCAAUACCUGGACCCUUCUCAGUGAAGAUACUUCUGCAGAUGGGGGUCCCAAACUUGUGUUUGAUCACCAGAUGUGCAUGGAUUCCGAGAAGCACAUGAUCUACACGUUUGGCGGCCGCAUCUUGACGUGUAACGGCAGCGUGGAUGACAGCAGGUCAUCAGAACCUCAGUUUAGUGGACUGUAUGCGUUCCACUGCCAGGCAGGCACCUGGAGCCUUCUCCGAGAGGACUCGUGCAACGCUGGCCCCGAGGACGUCCAGUCCCGCAUCGGGCACUGCAUGCUCUUCCACACGAGAAAUCGCUGUCUCUAUGUUUUCGGAGGUCAGAGGUCAAAGACGUAUCUAAAUGAUUUCUUCAGUUAUGACGUGGAUGGAGAUCAUGUGGAGAUCAUCUCCGACGGGACCAAGAAGGACUCAGGCAUGGUGCCUAUGACUGGGUUCACUCAACGUGCCACAAUAGACCCAGAGCUGAAUGAAAUCCAUGUGCUGUCAGGGCUCAGCAAGGACAAGGACAAGCGAGAAGAGAACGUCCGUAACUCCUUCUGGAUCUACGACAUCGCACGCAACAACUGGUCGUGUGUGUAUAAAAAUGACCAGGCUGUGAAGGAGAACCCCAGUAAGGCAUUACAGGAGGAAGAGCCUUGUCCGCGCUUUGCCCAUCAGCUGGUCUACGAUGAGCUGCACAAGGUGCAUUAUCUGUUUGGUGGGAAUCCUGGGAAAUCCAGCUCCCCUAAGAUGCGUCUGGAUGACUUCUGGUCACUGAAACUGUGCCGCCCCACAAAGGAGUACUUGCUACGACACUGUAAAUACCUGAUCCGCAAAUACAGGUUUGAGGAGAAAGCUCAGACUGAACCACUGAAUGCACUAAAGUACCUGCAGAACGAUCUCUCACUGACUGUGGACCACUCCGAUCCUGACGAGACUAAAGAGUUCCAGCUCCUGCCCUCUGCACUGUUCAAAUCCAGCUCAGACUUCAUUCCGCUGGGUUUCUCAGAUGUGGAUCAGACGUACGCUCAGCGCACGCAGCUGUUUGACACACUGGUAAACUUCUUCCCAGACAACAUGACCCCGCCCAAGGGGAACUUAGUUGACCUCAUCACUCUGUAGCCCUGUCAUUCUUCAAACGCCACACCUGUCUAGGCCUCACAAACUCUUUCCUGUCAAAGCAGAAGCUAUUUUUCUACAGCCUCCAAACCAGGGCCUGGCUCUGCUCCCCUUGACUCUGCUCUCACUUCCCCUGCUUAUAGUACUCAUUACUUAUGUAACUGAUUUCAAAACCCACACGAAACCAAUUCGACAUCUGCAUUUGGGACGACGGACAUCACUGUGUUUGGGUCAAAUUAAAACCAGGCUUAAAAAAAUCGUAAGUCGGAGUGCUUUGGAGUUUUGCACAUCAA